UUAAAAAAAGAAAACAAAGAAAAGCCGCGAUAAGCCCUAGAGUAGUCAGUAGAGAGGAAGCGCAAAGAAAAAGGGAAGACAAAGACGAGAAAAGAAGCAGCAGUAGUAGAGAGAAUGGGGUGGAUCGGUGAUACCGUUGAUUCCAUCAAGUCCAUCCAGGUCCGCCAGCUCCUUACGCAGGGCGUUAGUCUUGGUAUGAUUGUUACCUCUGCGCUAAUAAUAUGGAAAGCAUUAAUGUGCUUCACUGGCAGCGAAUCUCCAGUGGUGGUUGUGCUUUCUGGAAGUAUGGAACCAGGAUUCAAAAGGGGUGAUAUUUUGUUUCUGCACAUGAGCAACGAUCCUAUCCGUACCGGCGAGAUAGUUGUCUUCAAUGUUGAUGGCAGGGAAAUUCCGAUAGUCCACCGUGUGAUUAAGGUUCAUGAAAGACAAGAAACUGAGGAAGUUGAAGUUUUGACCAAAGGUGACAAUAAUUAUGGGGAUGAUAGGCUUUUGUACGCUCAAGGUCAGCUAUGGCUGCAGCGGCAUCAUAUAAUGGGCAGGGCGGUCGGAUUCUUACCGUAUGUUGGUUGGGUGACAAUCAUCAUGACUGAGAAGCCUAUUAUCAAGGUUUUUUCUGCUUUUGUUGAUGGCCCCUCUCUCUCUCUCGUUACUGUUGAUGAUGAAAAUUAGACUAAUGUCAUUUCUUUGUUGUUGUUGGACAGUAUAUACUUAUUGGUGCAUUGGGGCUGCUGGUCAUAACUUCUAAAGAUUGAGGGAAGGCAUGAAGAUGUAGGGAGUCUUUACAAGUGUAGAAACCCCCCCGACCAUCUGGGAUUGCGGGAGAGGAGAGAGAUAGAACAGAGUUGAAUUUGAGAACUCAGAAACUGUGGCCUUUUGUUUUGUUUCACAUGAAUUAAUGGAUUUGAAGACUAUAAUGAAAUGGAGAGAAAUGAGUGGAAAUAGCCACUCUUUCUAUACCCUAUGUGAUGAUAGCAAGUUUAGCUUGCUUUUGCUGUGCUGUUGAGGACAGUAGCCUAGAGGGUGUGCUGGGUAUCCUUGAAUGGAGUGAUGACAAUUUCUCAACUGAUCCGAUCUGACCCUUUGUAUCCGACAUGUUUGGCGGGUAUUACCAGAUCCGCCCUGCCCUACCGCAACCCAUUGCCAUUACUAUGAAUUGAGUUAGAAGUAGAAUGAUAUUCGAACUGGCGGUUUGGUGCCUGGAAACCUGACUUGUUAGCCAAUUAAGAAAUUUUAUAACGUUUGUUUACAAUGAUGAGAAGAUGUAGCCAAUGGAGUUUCAAUUAAGUACAAUUUAGUACUGUGAUUACCUCGAAAUAAGAAUUUGGUGUCAAUCUAACACAUCUAAGGAG